CAGGAACCAAACAAGGAACCAGGUCUGAUCUUACGUGUCAUUCUGGAGUUUCAGUGAUUCACAAACCUGCUGGAGAACAAACGAGACUCCUGCUGGUUGCCGUCUCGCCAUUGAUGAUCUCUUGUUGCCCUGGUAACGGUUGCUAACGGCAGAAGCAUGAAGGCUUUGAUCCUGGUGGGAGGUUACGGGACCCGGCUGAGACCCCUGACCCUCAGCGUCCCCAAACCGCUGGUCGACUUCUGCAACAAACCCAUCCUGCUGCACCAGGUGGAGGCGCUGGUCAAGGCCGGGGUGGACCAUGUGAUCCUGGCGGUGAGCUACAUGUCAGAUCUUCUGGAGCGAGAGAUGAGAGUCCAGGAGGAGAGACUGGGGAUCCGGAUCUCUCUGUCUCAUGAGAAGGAACCUCUGGGAACCGCCGGCCCGCUGGCGUUGGCCCGAGAGCUGCUGAACGUGGACAACGAGCCGUUCUUCGUCCUGAACUCAGACGUCAUCUGUGAUUUUCCCUUCAAAGAUCUGCUGCAGUUCCACCACAACCACGGCAAGGAGGGAACCAUCGUGGUGACGAGGGUGGAGGAGCCCUCUAAAUACGGCGUGGUGGUGUUUGAGGCGGAGAGCGGACGGAUUCAUCGGUUCGUAGAGAAACCUCAAGUCUUCGUCUCCAACAAGAUCAACGCUGGUAUUUAUAUCUUCAACCCCAGCAUGCUGAGCAGGAUCCAGCUGAGACCAACAUCCAUAGAGAAGGAGAUCUUUCCUGUCAUGGCGGAGGAGGGACAGCUUUACACCAUGGAGCUACAGGGUUUCUGGAUGGACAUAGGUCAGCCUAAAGACUUCCUAACAGGGAUGUGUAUGUACCUCCAGUCGGUCCGACAGAACGCUGCUGACCGGCUCCGAACAGGACCUGGUUUCCUAGGAAACGUCCUGGUGGACCCGACGGCUCAGAUCGGGGAGAACUGCACCAUCGGGCCCAACGUGACCAUCGGGCCCGGCGUGGUGGUGGAGGACGGCGUGAGGAUCAAGCGCUGCACGGUGCUGAAGGGGGCGCGGGUUAGAUCCCACUCCUGGCUGGAGAGCUGCAUCGUGGGCUGGAGCUCCUCAGUGGGCCAGUGGGUGCGUAUGGAGAACGUGACGGUGUUGGGGGAGGACGUCAUCGUCAACGACGAGCUCUACCUGAACGGCGCCAACGUUCUGCCUCACAAGUCCAUCAACGAGUCGGUCCCAGAGCCACGGAUCAUCAUGUAGCAGCAGGAGAGAAAGAUCAGCACCGCCUUUAAUACGAACUCCACUAAACACCCAAACUGUUCCAGAGGAGACAGACGGGUGGAGGAGGACAAGAGAACAAGAGAACAAGAGAAGAAGAGAAGAAGAGAAGGGGUAUUUUUUUCAUAUUUUCUCAUUAAUUUGGACAGUUUUUAGCCCUGCUUGGCUGCACCGUCCGUCAUUUACCAAUGAUGGCGUCCUAGAGCCUGGCGGCCCGUCGGGGCUGUAGACUCGUGUCAGGUGAAACAAACGCUAACGUCCUGAAUGUGGCGGACGCCUGGUGUCUGCUGCGUUAUCAGAGGAAAGGUUAAAGGUUAAAGGUUAGAGGGAGGGGCUGGUUGUGUGUGUGGUGGAGGGUUAAUGUGGAGGUUAGAGAGCAAUAUGAACACUGCUGGUAGACUCACUAUGCAUGAGCAGAGAACAACCUCUGAAGGAUCAUCUACAUCUUCUCUGCUGCUGCUGCAGGAAACUGGAAUCAUGACACAUAUCUACAGGUUCAGGCCGUCUGCAGCCGCUCCAUGUGGCUCUGACAGGAAAAAAAGCACAUUUUAAUGUUCAUGUAUCAUUGGUGUAGGCCCAAAGCAAUAUGUAUUCUUUAAUUGUUAAAAUGUUCAGCUGAUAUACGGCAAUAAAGCAUUUCUUUUUAACAUACAGUCAUGGAAAAAAUGAUCAGACCUCCUUGUUUUCUUCAAUUUCUUGUUCAUUUUAAUGUCUGGUUCAACUAAAGGUUCAUUUGUUUGGACAAAUAUAAUGAUAACAACAAAAAUAUCUGAUAAGAGUUUAAUUUAAGAGCUGAUAUCUAGAUGUUUAACAUGGUUUUAUUGAUAAUAACCAAAAUCAUUAUCAAGAAAUAAACAUUUAAAAUGUCUAGAUAUCAGCUCUUCAUUAUUCAAUGGUCUAAUUUUUUUUUUUCCAUGACUGUAUUAGUCAACUAAAAUGUGCAUCAUAGUUUAAACAUUUUGCCAACUUCAAGUCUAGUUUUGAGUUUCCCCAGCUAGACUAGCUUUCUAUUACAAACUACAAAAUCAUAUCAAUCAACUAGUCAUGUUGGUAGACUAAUAUAGACUUAGUCGGCUGUUUUAUUUUCAUUCAAAAUAAGGUUUGCGGCUCAAUUCCGACAAUUUUUCUCUUAUUUAGUCAGUAAAGGUUGCCGACCCUGGUGUAGACCUAAAGCAGUUUGCAUUCUUCCAUUAUAAAAAUGUGCAGUUUAUAUACGGCAUUACAACAUUUAAAAAAACAACAACUGUCAACUUAAAUAGCUUAAAUAGCUUAAAUAGCAUCAUAGCUUACGAAAGUCUACGGCACCUUAACGUCUACAUUUUUCCAACUUCAAGUCUAGUUUAAAGUUUCCCUCGCUAGACUAUAAACGCUUUAAAUCCAAACCUCCUGAGAUAUUUGUUAUAUUAAGUGUCGAGCCUCUCCUUUACACUUAGUGUCCUCACUGCUUUCUGACUAAAUCAUAUUAAUAAAUGCUCAUUAUGACCUGUCAGUAAAGCUGUAGGCUGGUUUAGACUCAGUCAGCUGAUUUAUCAUCAUCAUCGUCAGGCUGAAAUAAGGUUUGCGGCUCCGUUUCUGACUUUUUUUCCCCUUUUUUCUGCCCAUAAAGGUUGCUGAGCCCUGAACUAAAUGCAGUAUAAGUUCUAGUUAAAGCAGCAUCAGUUAAUUAAUUAAUUAAGGGCCUCAUCAGCAGAACAAGCUGUAGACACGACAUCUAACAUGUUCUGAAGUUGUUGUAGUGAAUGUUGAUUAUUCACACAUCCAGCAGACACAAACAGGAACAUUUCCUGUUUGUGUCCACCUGAUGAAUGUAACCUGAUCAUGUUUAUAUAUCCAGGUAUUAGUAGUUCAGCUUUAACCUGUCAGAGAGUCUGUUGUGUCUCAUUGUUGACAGGUUUUUCUGCUCUUUCUUCCUUUUUUAAAUCAUGAAACUGUGCUUCAAUGCCAAACAUCACUUACUGUGACGGAGACGCUGAACAAAAUGUA